CUGCUGACUCCGCCUCACAUGUCGGUCUCGGUGUCGGUGUGAGGUUCACAGCAGGACCGGUGCGGUGGUACGAAUUUGAUCCAGACUCGGAUCUGUUCGUGUAGAAUUGUGUUUCUGUACAGUUCCUAAUUAUGUUAAUGUUGGCGGAACUCACGGUGCUGUUAGCCGCGCUGUGCGCUACAGCCUCCGGCUACUUCGUCAGUGUGGACGCUCAUGCCGAGGAGUGCUUCUUCGAGCGGGCGAACUCGGGCACUAAGAUGGGCCUCAUGUUCGAGGUGGCCGAGGGAGGCUUUCUGGACAUCGACGUCGAGAUCACAGGUCCCGAUGGAAAGCAGAUCUACAAGGGGGACCGAGAGUCCAGCGGGAAGUAUUCAGUCGCGGCGCACAUGGACGGCACCUACAAGUUCUGCUUCAGCAAUAAGAUGUCCACCAUGACCCCCAAGAUCGUCAUGUUCACUAUCGAUAUCGGCGAGGCACCCAAAGGUGACGGCAUGGAGACCGAGGUCGGUGGCGGCACCUGGGAUGCCCAUCAGAACAAACUGGAGGAGAUGAUUAACGAGCUGGCUGUAGCCAUGACGGCGGUCAAACACGAGCAGGAGUACAUGGAGGUCCGCGAGAGGAUACACCGAGCGAUCAACGACAACACGAACAGCCGCGUGGUGCUCUGGUCCUUCUUCGAGGCGCUGGUGCUGGUGGCCAUGACCCUGGGACAGAUUUACUACCUGAAGAGGUUUUUCGAAGUGCGGCGGGUCGUCUAAGUCCCGAUUCGUAGCGUUUUUUUGUAACGAAAUGUCUCGGCCGGUUCUCUUGGUGUGUUUUUUUACGGACUCGUCCGAAGGAAUAAAGACGUGAACUGUUUGAAAACGGGAAGACGACCACGUUCUAGUCGGCGACUGGAAACAGCCGAAACCUGCACACGCACCCGAAACUUUCAUGGUCCUGUGUUUAAUCUGGUUUAAAAUGGUAAAAGGUGCACAAAUUAAAAAGAGUCUAACAGUUUAAUAUUUUAUUAUUGAUUUAGAUUUAUUUGAUUAUUAUUAUCUAUAGUUAGAUUUUAAAAACAGCUUUCCCUCUAAAACACGUCGAAUUUUGAAUAAAAAGACAAAACAACACCCUUUUUAUGGUUACAUUUUGCAACUGAGGGUUGAGAGCCUUGCCCAGGGGCCCAGCAGGGGCAACUUGGCGGCGGUGGGGCUUGAACCAGCUACCACUGACCUUUUUCUUUCCUGCUCUGGACUGAAAAACCAGAGCUGCGUUUUAAAAUUCCUGCUCUUAAUUACCACAUUAUAAACGCUGCUUUGCUCCGAUAUACACCAUAUGACCAAAAGUAUCUGGACACUUCAGCGUGAGCUUGUUGGACACCCAGAGAGCAAUAAUUUGCUGCUUUAAUAGAACAAUUCUGACCUGGCUCAUGCUGGAACAGGAACGUCCUUCGUCCAAACUCUUUCAGUAAACGUGUCCACACAUUUUUGGUCAUAUAAGUGUACCUGCACAACAAUAGAACAGACACAGUAGAGUGGUGUGUCUAUAUGGUGUGUUGAUUUGUUUCUUAGGACAUGGUGGUGGUGGUGGUGGUGGUGGUCAGAUUUAGCUUUUGUACUGUUUCGUACAGUGAAAUCUUCAGUGCCCGGUAUGCCAACAUGCCUGGCACUGGCAUUUCAGGUCUUUCAGCAGAUCUGUUAAGUAUAAAGAUUCUGUUUUCACUGCCGCUGGCUGAUCAAGUGAUUUAUUAUACACGCCACUCCGUCCUGAUCGUUUUUCUUUCCACAGCUUUAUGUUGUAAGAUCAAAACCAGGUCCAAAGUCAGGGUGUGAUACAGAAUUUUUUUUGAACAUUCAAAAAGUUUCUGCACUUUUUUUUGAGCUAUUUAUUAAGAAUUAUAAAAACAAAUUUCAUCACUUUUCUACAUCGUCACCUUUCAAUGCAUUUUCCAGCAUCGUACCAACUUUUUAAUGCCACCAGCAAAAGCAGUUUUUGGUUGAGCGCGUAGCCACUGAUGUGCCGCUGCUAUCACAUCAUCAUCAUCACCACAUGAAAAUCUUCUUCCCCUUAAAGCUUCCUGAGCGUCCAAAAAGGUGGAAAUCAGACGACGCUCUAUAAAUCCGGACUAUAAGCGUCUCUCAGUCUCUCAGACACGAACGAUUCCUCCUCCUCCCGUUCCACCCUCUCUGCUUCCAAUGAAAAUAUAAAAGUGCGGAAACUUUUUGAAGAUCCUUGGUAUUUUUUUUUGUUGGGUAAAGAUUGAAACUGAAAUCAUGUGUUUUAAAUAUAUUAUUCAGGUUGUUGUUUUUUUUUUUUUUUGCUGGAGACUCCCAACUUCACUGGAUAAUCUGCUCUCAUCUGAUCUGUAAUUUGAGUCUCUAAUAAAAGUGAAUUGAAAAUCCACGAGCCAAACGGAA